CCACGCUUACAGCGCUACGGUAAACGUACUUUUGACAGCCCAAGACAGUGUUUGACACACGUUCAACCGCAAAGAAAUACAAAUAUUAUACCAACAUCAUUAGCCCCGUUCUCUACCAUUACAACAUCAGCCAUGCCGACAAGAAGGCCAGCCCCCAAAAAGACUACCACCAAGCGCAAGCUCUCCACAUCAUCAAUUAACACUGCGCGCAUCACCCGCGCGAAGCAUACCAAAACUCCAACCACCGAAACAAAAACAUUCUCCCCAACACAUGGAUAUCCAUUCCAACUCUCAAAAGCCCUCGCCCAGAAGAUCCAAAGCCUCAUUCUAAUCGCCCGCCAAAUCGAAGCCAUCUGGCGCGGCUGGUUCGACGGCCCUCGCGCAGCCAUUCUCCAACGCAUGAACGAACUCGAAAUUCACUACGACACUCUCCGCGAAUCUACCGAAACUGACCUUCGCGCUGCGUGCAUCGCAUCUGGUCACUCACCGUCCGCCGUAUUAUCCCAAUUCCCUUCAUUCCCGCCUACGCACCGCGUCAAAGGUUCCAUGUCUGUAAAACCUAAGAUACCCAAUGUCGGGGUAUUCGAUCUAGGAUACAGUGUUGAUAAGGAGCUGAGAGAAGAGGCCAGACGCGAUCCGAAUAGUCCGGUUUAUAACGAUUAUUACGGGGGAGAAGAGGAAGAAGUUGUUGUUGAGAUGCUUCAGCCGAUCGGGAAGACGGUCGGCCAGACGCCACUUACGAGACGGGAGAAGAAGCGUAUGGCGGAUUUUACAUGGAAGAAAAAUUUAAGGAAAACGAUGGAGAGUGGGAUGGAUGUUAGCCCUAAAGGUUCUGAGGCAGUGUAUUGGUGAGUGUCUCGCUGUUCCUUUGGGCUGGCUUGUAGAAGCUGGUGCGUUUUGUCAAGCGUGUCACCGGCUGUCAAAUCUGGUGGAAUCGUU